AUGGAGCCCAUCUAUGGAACUAAUAAGAAAUACCUGCAAAGUAUUGCCGGUAGCGAGUACUACCGGAAUCCGAGCACGUUGAGACCUAUGGCAAAUGAGUAUGCAUCCUAUCAGAACACGCUUGGACGCCGAUCGACGCUGGUUGGACCGUACACGCACAUGAGCAAAUACUCCUACCCCACAGAUGUGAGCCUCAGCAGCCACUACGGAUAUACGUCAUGGGGUCUAUGGCGAGACAGUCGCAACCUGUCCUCCUCACUGUACGCGAAGAAGCAGAAGAACAUCAAAUCAUUCUCCAUCCUGCUGAUGUCUGCCGCGUUCAUUGUCGUGCUUGCCGUACUUUGUGUGGCAGGUUUGGCAUUCUACUUCAGCACGUUCAAGGCAGAUUUAAGUGAAACAAUUUUGGCAUUCGACUGUACGUUCCGAGUGGCACGAGGAGAUAUCUACACGACAGGAUUGCGAACAAACAGCACACCGGUGUACCGGCAGAAGACGGCAUUCUACGAAAAGCUGAUAGAAACUUCACUCGAACGCAGCGGUCUCACCGUUUCCCGGACGGAAAUAAUGAACUUUGGUGACGGCCCAACAAUAGCGCUCAGCUUCCGUGUUUUUCUGGAUAUGCGGAAAAUUAAAAUCACUAUCAAUAAUGUGGAGGAGCACAUCAGGACCGCGUUUCUGAGUGAGGUGCUCAACCCAAACUCGGCAUUCAAAAACAUACGCAUCGAUCCGGACAGUAUCGAGAUUAAGCGGCUGCUCGACCAGGAGGUCCUGAAGACGGCACUUCUAACACGGCAUGAGCCAUUUCCGCCGGUGGUCAAACCGUCCGGUGGCGGUGGUGGUCCCUUCGAGCAGGACCAGCGUCACGUCACGAAGAAGACGGGCGUAAUCGAAAAAACUAUCCACAAGUUUACACCGCGCAUCACACCGGCCCCACCAGCCGGUAGAGUGCCGACCGACGGGAGCAAAGGCAUCGUCGAGGCGGAAUCUGACAUUGACAUGGAUAAUUUACCGGUUAUACAAGGAUCAUUUGAGAUAACGAAAACAGAUGCCGACAUCACGCAGAAGCGGACGGGAGCCGGCAGCAGUACGGAUCCGGCCGGUCGAGUGCCGGCAGUGGCCUCGACGCUUAAACCGUUCACCGUCAGCCCGGCCCAGAUAACGGUCCGGGGAAGCGAGAAGACGAAAGUGACGGAAAGCAUUAAGGCGAUGGUGGCGGGGGGCGAUGAAAAACCAUCAACUGGUGGACACGGUCCGGUCGGACGGUUUGGUCAGACCGUUGGGGUAAAGUCAAAAUAUGAAACGGCAACGGCCAAGAUUGAAAAAAUGGAUAAGCACGGGGCUACGACGAAGAAAAUUAAAACAACUUCACUCAAACCAUCCACCGCGGGUGGGAGCGGUGCGGGACGACGGUCGACGACGGCGCAUGGAAUGGUGGGUCGUACCACAACCACAACAAGGUCGUCUACCACACCGACAACAUCCACCACGACGAGCACGACAAUGGCACCAACGUUGUCCACCGUAAGCAGCAAAACACCUGCGCCGGUCACCGGUACAACAACCCGGUUGACGACGCUUCGGUAUCAGGUAUUGGCAUCGCAGGGCUCGGCUAACGAACCAUCAUCAAUGUCGGGCUCGAUCGAUGAUUGGGACGAGGAAGAGGAAUCCGGCGAGGAACUGCCACCGGAGUCGUUUGCUGAGGAUCAUCUGCCGGUGGUGGUCGACGUGAUUGGGCUACCGUCCGAGACUGAUGGGGAGAUAAAAAAUGAUACACUUUUGGAGACCAUUUUUCAGGCCAUCAUUAACGACAGCAUCCCGGAGGAAUUCGCAUCGGAUCGGCGAAGAAUUGGAGGUCUCGAACCCGACAGCAUACCGAAGCUGGACGUAAAUCUGUUCACCAGCGCACCGAUACUCGAUAAGCAACCCUGGCAUCCGAUCAAUCCCAAUCAGCCGCAGCAGGUGAAGGCCGACCAGCGGACGGGUCUACCCGCGCGGAAGAAAAUUUCGCUCGCCGAGGAAAUUCUCUACCGGAACCGUCCGUCGGACAUCGAGAGUGUGCUGGCGUACACGGAAAAUCCCAACGGGCAAAUUUAUUACCAGAGCUACACCAACCCGAGCUUCGGUUCGUCGACGCUCGGCAUCGAGCCGCUCGGUGUGGCGGAUGUCCGGCCGUAUCCGUUGCCGGUGGACAAAAUUCAUGAAGAGGUGAUACCGGAUUUCAAAUACCUUACGCCGACCGCCGUCGAUGCGAGCGAGCAGCUGCUCAACCUGACGCUGGACGAGCAGAAAUUCGAACAUCUCGGCGAUGGCGUGAUUGCCAAAAAGCCGGAACAAUACACCACGCCCGACGGUGAGCAGAUAACGACGACGGAAAAGCCCGACACCGUCACUCUCCAGACGCCGGUGAGUGGCUCUUCCGGUGAGAGUCAAUCGUCGGAUGAAACCUCCACGGAGGUGUACAGCUACGGUCCAACAGUGGACGGCAUCGAUUCCGUGCUGGCGGGAGGCGUGAACGGUACGCACGAUGACGAGCUCGUCGACGUUGCGAUGGACCUGGAGUCUCGCAACAGUCCGGAUGAUUCGGACCAGACGACGACCACACCCGGUCCGGCAAUCACCACCGUAACGGGAGUGUCGGAGUUGACCGAGGAGGCAACGGAACAGACCUCUACCACGAUGCAAUCCACUACGCUUAGUUCGAGCGAAGAGAUUCAACGGGAUGCGGAGGACUUAUUGAUGACGAGCACUACCACCGAAACGAUGUCAUCAGGUUCGGAAGAAAUUACCACCAGUUCGGCAGAAGUAACGCUCGCGCCGGUCCAUUCCCCCAGUCCCAGUCAAUCGAAACGGCCGACCGGGACCUACGUGGAGGUGGAAACCUUGAAGUACACACCCUCGACCGUAUCGCCGCCAACAACCAACACGCUGCCCGAGCUGUUCCCCAUCACGAAAUGGGAAUUUGUAAACGGAACCCGUCGUACCACGGCCGAAAAGCCGCCCACAAAGAAGGUUUUUAACGAAACGCUCCAGGCGCUGGUGGUGGUGAAUGUGCAACCGGAUGGGACGACCGCACUGCCACGGAUGCCACUAACGAACAUCGACGACCUGAAGAGCAAUCGGCCCAACGCGACCAAUCUCCAGAACCUGUCCGACAUUUUCGAUACGCUUGCGUCCAAGCUCGGCAUACAGCCGGAGGUGUCCAGCAAGAUGCCACCGUUUUCGUCACUUUCCAAGAUUAAGAAUCAAUAUCGCAACGCAGCGAACCGGACGGCCGGCGGGGCGGGUGUAACGCGACCCCGCAACCCAACCACCACCGUGCGGCCGAAGCGUAAAAAGACGCGUCCAACAGUCACGAAAAAUCCCGCCACCGUUGGGUCGAGUUCCGCUACCGGGCAGCGUGUGCGGCCGAGCAGCACCACCGAGCAGUAUCCGGAAACGACGCCGAUGGCACGGGUCAUUCCGACCGUCAUUAACGAUGAAAUUGACGAUGUCGUCCCGGUCAUGCUGGAGACAUCGUCCGAGCUUUCCUCCGAGCUGGCCGUCGUCGGUCAGGCGGAAGUCGAAGUAAUCGAUCCGAACCGCUACGAGGAGAUGCUAAACUCGAUGGCACAGACACACGGGAAGCUGUCGGCCACGACCACCCCGGUCCCACCCUCCACCCUCGUGACGCUUCUGCCGGUGAAGUCUAACUCGGGCAUUCGCAACUUCCGACCGAAAACCAAGCGACCUCCGCCCUACGGGCCAACCACUAGGGCGCCCGCGGCUCAUAAUCAUGGUGAUAAAAAUGAAAGCAGAAAAAUGAACGAGGCGGGCUUAAAAUUAAUGAAUGCAAAUAAAACCGACGACGAUGACAGGCCGGUGACCACCGGCACGGACCAGCAUCCAGACCCGGCCCAACCGUCGGUGGAGCGGAUGGAGGAGUCGGUGGUGGCGCAACAGGGAAGUAAUAAAAAUAACACAAUGGUUGAAACGGUGGUGAGGGCCAGCAUGCGCUUCGAGUCGUAA